AGAUGCUACUCUUGAGGAAAUAGAAGAAGCUUAUACCACACAAAAAUAGAAAAUAGAACAAUCUAAUCAAUAAUCUUUUUAUAGUAAACUUGAAUCCUAUAAAUUACAAAAGAACUACGAAUAAGCAUUGAAAAACUAUCAUUAAAAACAUAAUCCUUAAAUGGGAUUUAUAAAAAGAAUUAUGUUCACUGCCAGUUUCGGUUAAACUCCUACAAAUGAACAAAAAAAUUGGGGAUUUCAGCUUUUUGCAGGAGGUAUAAUAGCAACUAUUAGUUUAAGUGCAUUUGCUGCUAGCUAGUUAAAAGAUAAAUCUAAAUUAGGUAAUAAUUAAGGCCCUCAUAUUAUUCUGACAACAAAAGAUUUAAAUGAAGCAAAAAUAAACUAUUAAGAAUAUAAAGAAAAUUUAGAAUAAAUGCAAUAAUAAUAAAAAGAUAUAUAAUAAUAAUAAUAAUUUAAUAAAUAAUAAUAAUAACAAUAACCAAAAUCUAAAUCUGAAUAAGAAUAUGAAGAAUAUAUGAAUAAAAAUAAAUCAUUUGCUGGAAAAGAUGAAUGA